AUGCCGCCCUCCGAGCACCUCGCGUCCGACGUCCCGGACAUGAACCUCUACAAGCUGAACCGUGUCCAUCGCACGCUCGAGGGCCUCAAGGACAAAGACGUCUGGGACGCGGAGGACACCAAGGGUUUUGACUGCAUGCACUACCUCGGCGAUGCUGCCAUCGAGAACGCCGCCAAGGAGCUCGGGCUGAGGGCCGGCGACAGGGUGCUCGACAUCGGGUCCGGGUUCGGCGGCACGGGGAGGUAUCUCCACCGGCGCUACGGCGCGCGCACCACCGGCAUCGAGCUGCAGGGGGACAUCCACGAGAUCGCGCAGACCAUCAACGCCAAGUCUGGCGCCGGCGGGGGCGCCGUCUCGGUCAACGGGGAUUUCCUCGAGCUCGACGCGGAGACCAUGGGCGGCGCGCCGGUGGACCACGUCGUCUCGUUCCUGUGCAUCCUGCACAUCCCCGCGCGACAGCAGCUUUUCGAGAAGGCGCAUGACGUGACCAGGGCCGGUGGGAGGGUGUACAUCGAGGACUUCUUCGCGCGGACGGCGGCGCUGGACGAGAAGACUCUGAAGGUGCUACGGGAAUCGGUUUCCUGUCCCGGUUUGCCGGACAAACAGGAGUACGUGUCGGAACUGGAAAGGGCCGGAUUCGAGGUCGUGAACUGGGUGGACAUGUCGGACGUUUGGACCGAUUUCGUACACCAGCGCGCCGCGGAGUACAAGAAGGACCCCUCUGUGGACGCCGACCUCACGGCAUUCUACGACGCUGUCGACGAAGUCUUUACCGGUGGCCAAGUCGGCGGCGUCCGCAUCACCUGUCAGAAGAAGUAG